UCUCUACUGUGCUUCGUUCAAGAAACCCGUAGAAAUUGGAAGAAUAAAUUACUUUUCCAAAUUUGUAAUAGAAUAUUGCAAAUUUAGCGUGACUUGCCGGUGGUGUCGUGGAUGACAAGGAUAAAUAUCUGAAAAAAAGUCCCUUUCGAAUUCCAAACCAGUUAUGCCAAUAAAAAAAUAUGGACAAUUACGAGGUGAUUUGCUUACAUUUUGAUUCAAUAUUGUUUGAUAUAUUCUUUAAAUUUUGGCCUAUGGACGCAACCACUGUGCAGUGACCUUCGAGAAGCCGGCUGGGUUGAAGUCCGUUACGAGUUCUUUGAUUUUUUCUUGCCGCCGCGCUAUUAUCGGCGGCUGGAGGACGAGAUCUGGACCAUUUACCAGAAGCCCAACAAACCAUUUAAGGAAUAUUUGGUUGAUCUUCGCUUGCAGAUGCGCCAAGCAGGAUUUUCCUCGGACCGAGAGCGGGAGCGGAUCUACGACAACAUGCUCCCGAAGUACCAAUUGUUCGUCCGGAGGCAGGAUUUCCGCACGUCUACGUUCGCGACGCCUGUCGCAAUGCGGUAUCCCAAAACUUUCUGUUGGGAUUGCGGACUCAGGGCCAUCGAUUGCUGCCGACGCCCAGAUUCAGGAAACGGAUCCCGCCUAUACCAGGAUACAGGUAAACGCCGCUGUCCAAGCGCCGCCAACAAACUGCGAACCGCCGCUGCACCAUCGCCGCCAGCAUCCGUCGCUACGCCAGCUCCGCCAACCAUCGCCGACCCGCCGUUGCACCAUCGCUACGCCAGCUCCGUCUACACACACCGAACCACGUCUGCACCAGCGCCGCCAGCAUUCAAGGGGUCUCCGCUAACCACACACAGCAGCGUCAACGCCACUACGCCCACCCCUGUAAUGACCGAGGACCAAGCACGCCAGAGCCAAGCGGCCAACCACUACCAGUGGCCGGAGGACCGACCACUGUCACAAGAAAUGGUAUCGGCCGAGAUCAUACCGUGGGUGCCGCCACCGCUUAUCGCGCAGCCAUCGAAUAGCGGCUACUCCCCUCAGCCGGGAUCGGUCGAGGGAUCCCCUCCGCCCGCCUACCCGAGCGGCAUAAUGACCGAGCUCUUGGAGUGUUUUGGGGAUCUGCCGCGAGACCUCUUCGAGAAAAUGGCCCGUGAGGUGAGAACCCGGUCGCCCGAAUUCCCGGGCCUUUCCGACGACGAAACUGGACCUCAGCACGAGGACGGCAAGGAGCUCAACGCCGCCCACGGACAUAGCAGCGACAGCGAUGUGGUGGAGGUCUACGACCCCACCCGGGAGGACUACGUCCCCCGCCCUCACGGUCGGAUGUCCCCUCCCGUACUCAUGGCUUGGGCCUUCAGGGAUAAUGAGUCACCCUGCCGGCAUCUCGGGUCGCCCCGAGAUCAAGCCAGCUCGGCGGGGCCACCAUCACCCUCAUUCGAAGGGAUCUUUGGGCAGGACCCAUAUAGGGUGAGGGGUGGGCCGAGGCGGACACCGCUACCCACACCCAGCGAAUACGCCGCUGCCACCGCUCGCCGCCGUGCUGAGGAGCUGAGUGACGAGCUGGGUACCCCAUCCGUGUGGCCAACCGAGGUACGGCCGCCUAUCCGACUAGGACGCCGACGGAGUGCACACUGGGUGGACACCGACUCAUCCGACGACGAGCGAUCAGGCCGGAGCGAGGCCGUCGGUCGAAUUGACGGUCCCCGAGUGCACACCCAGUGGGUACCAGCGCCCCCGGGAUGGGUCACCCCGAACGGGACGCUGCCAGCCCCACUCAUCCGACGGAUACAGCAGCGCCUCGGAGGUAACUGGCGCCGAGCUCUCAGAUACCUGGAGGAGGAGCAGGGGCAAAGAUUCCGAAUCCAGUUAAACCGAGACGGACGCGCCCUUGUGUUUCUGUACCCCACCCGGAAGUGAGGGGGGAGUUUGACGCAGUUACAAUCCAUACUGUAUAAUAUGUAAAUAGUAGAUGUAAGAUACUUAUAAUAUGUAAAUAGUGGAUGUAAGUUACUUAUAAUAUGUAAAUAAUAGAUUUAAGGUAGUUAUAUUACUUGAAAUAAGUCCACACACACACAAGAGCGACAGAGCCAACACACAUCUGCCGAGCCAACAAUCGGCAUAGCCUACAUCGAGGCAGAGUCAACACACAGGGCAGAGCCCAACGAUCAACCGAGCCACAGCUCGACAGAACUAACACACGGGGCGGAGUCAACGAUCGGCAUAGGCAACAUCUUGUCAGAUCAACAUCGUGUCAGAGCCAACAUCUAAUCAGGGCCACAUAUGUAUAUAUGCAGAUCCGCAUCCCUUAACGGAAAAACCAAGCCCUUGCAGAGGCAACACACGGGCUGAGACGCGAGCAGGGGAGAGCGAAAUUGGCAGUGCGCAGCCUCUGGCAUGAGCCGAGAGAAGGACGAAAAGCGGCCGGUCACAUGAAGCCAAGGUAGUAAGGGAGACAACCCACAAAGCGAACUUGCAGCCUCCCAAGGGAGGGCGGGCCGAUGUUGCGGUUCCUAGAACCGUUUUGGAACAGGAACCGGAAGCCUUAGGAUUGUGGCAGCGCUGCCACCAAGACUGUUCGCAGAAUUAGGUCACGGUCAAGCCUUCAAAGGUGUGAUCUGACAUUUCGUUCCGAUGACCGUUCCGGUAACCCCAACAUUUUAGCAUGAGUAUGUAUGUGUGGCAGGAGUAGGGAUAGGGAGUAAACAUAAACUUAAACAAUAAACAA